UGUCUCCGCCUUCCGACCGGACUGCAUGAGAACCAAACGGCGAUGCCGCCUCCUUAACAUAAACGACAGCGGCGCCGCGCUGCGCCUCGUCAGAGGAAUGUGGAAACAUUAACGUCGGAAGUCGCGACUGCGCCAGCGCCAGCGAAGAUGAGGGACGACGGCCGCAAAGAUCAACUCGGCAGCCCGUCGUCGCCCCGCCAGAAUUCAAUACAGUUGAACGGAGCCGCCGAAAGUGGCCUCAACCACACAGGCGCGUCGUGGCAGCUCCCAUCCCAAGCCCCGAGUCCAGACCCCGUCCCAAACCGGACGGCGUCCAGGGAGCAGUGGGACGGGAAGUACGAGUUCCUGCUUUCUUGCCUGGGAUACUGUGUGGGUUUAGGGAACGUGUGGCGGUUCCCUUACCUUUGCUAUCGCAAUGGAGGCGGUGUCUUUCUUAUCCCCUACUUCCUCAUGCUCUUUGUUACGGGCGUUCCGCUCUUCCUCAUGGAGCUCUGUCUCGGCCAGUACGGCGCGGCCGGGCCCAUCGCCGUGUGGAAAUGCUGCCCCCUGCUUAAAGGUAUCGGCAUCGGGAUGGUCUGCGUGGCCGUGCUGGUGUCUCUAUACUACAACGUCAUUAUAGCCUGGACCUUUUAUUACCUGGGCAGCUCGUUCCAGAGCCCGCUGCCCUGGUCGUGCGACGCCCUCGCCAACGCUGCCAUCUGCAAUAGCUCCAGUGGGGAAAGCCUCAGCCCCUCAGAGAUCUUCUGGAACAACGAUCCAGAAAAGGCUUCCGUUGUUGUCCUAUACGUUGCUUUUCAAGGACGACGGUAUGGGCUCAUUUCUUUUUGUCUCGCGUUUCCUGCCAGCGAGCGCGUGCUGGGUGUCGUGAACAGUGAGGGCCUUCAUGACCCGGGCCCAGUCCGCCCGCCCCUGGCCCUGUGCCUCCUGGCUGCCUGGAUCAUCGUCUUCCUGUGCAUGCUCAAGGGCAUCCACAGCGCUGGCAAGGUGGUCUAUGUCACGGCUACGUUCCCGUACUUUGUACUGAUCGUUUUGAUCAUCAGAGGCGUUACGCUGGAAGGCUCUCUUCAGGGCAUCGCUUUCUACCUCACACCAGACUGGAGACGCUUAGCCAGUGCGCAGGUAUGGAAUGAUGCAGCUUCGCAGAUCUUCUACUCGUUGGGUAUUGGAGUCGGAGGAGUGCUUUCCAUGGCCUCCUAUAAUAAGUUUGACAACAAUGUCAUUCGGGACACGGUAAUUAUCGCCACUGGAAACUGCCUCUCCAGCUUUUUUGCAGGAUUUGCUAUAUUUUCAGUCCUAGGCCACAUGGCGUGGAGGAGAGGGGUGCCUGUUGCAAACGUGGCAGUUUCCGGUAAGUAUUCAAUUGGAAUUGGGGUCGCCUACGCAGAGCGGGAAAAUAGUCGGCUCGCAGCCAGGAUUUCGGGGUUCGACAUCUGUCCGGGAUUAGCAUUUGUGGCUUACCCAGAGGCCCUCGCUCUGCUGCCUGGUUCGGCGUUCUGGUCCGUUCUCUUCUUCCUGAUGCUUUUCAUGUUGGGAAUUGACACGCUUUUUGGCAACAUUGAGGGCAUAACCACUGCGGUACUCGAUGAGUUUCCACAACUGCGAGGGAACGCCAAGUACAAGUCCUUGUUUCUGGCCGUGCUCUGCUUUUGCUUCUACUUGAUGGGGCUCCUGUUAGUCACUGAUGGGGGCAUUUACUGGUUUACGCUCAUCGACUCCUUCAGCACUAGUUUUGGCCUCAUCAUCAUCACCCUCUUCAUGUGCAUUGGCAUCUCCUUCUUCUACGGAGUCAACCAGUUUUGCCAGGACAUCAUCGACAUGAUCCAGCACUGCCCUCCCUGGUGCAGCAAAGUAUUGUUGUACUUCAAAGCAUGCUGGGUGGUCUUCACUCCUUUUCUUCUUUUGUUCAUCCUGUGCUACAUCUUCAUUGAGAUGUACAACACGUCCCUGCACUACGGCUCCUACGUGUAUCCUCGCUGGGGGAAAGCGUUGGGGGUGUGCAUGGCUUCGAUCUGCUGUCUGCAGAUCCUCAUCUGGGCCAUCGUAGCCAUCUACAAAGAAACCGGAACACUGAAAGAACGCUUCCACAAAACCAUUCGACCGCUGAACUCCUGGCGGACAAACAACGGCGCAGGGAGAGUGCAGGGGAGCAUGGAUACAGAGAGGUUGGAGGGUCUAUUCACAGUUACUCUCACCGAGAUGGACUUCAACGCGAUGACGUGGGAGGAGGGAUGUGACGGCAUGAGGAACAGUGAAGGCACAUAGAGGAGCAGACUAUUUUAUUGAUAAAUAACUGAAAAGAUGAUGACUAAAUUUGCUCUUGGUUGGCUUUGGUGGUGGUGCAGUAUUAAUGGAGCGAGCAACAUCAUGAACUUUCGCUAAGCAGCAGCGCCCUCUAGUGGCUUAAAUGUGAACAGGACACUGGUGACUGCAUUGCACUGGCAUCGCCGUUGUUCAAAAGGCCAGAAACAAAGUUGAUGCAAGAGAAUUGGGCAAUUUGGAAGUGACUGUUUUUUGUCAAUAUCUUUAGGUCUCAAAAGUGUUCUCUGUCAAUUGACUGUCUGUUGUCGUAGUAGAGCGGCUCCAAUUUCCUGGCGUGUUUUUUGGGAGAUACUUGGCAAAUAAAGAUGAUUCUGAUUCUGAUGAGGCCUCAACUGUGGCAGGUCAGAGGCGGGUCGUUCUGAAUUUGCCGUUGGCGCUUGAACAAACAACCAGUGGAAAGCUACCAAUCGGUAGCUCAUUAGUAUAGAAACAAGCUUGAAUGGUAAAAGCAGUUACCAUAUUUCAUAGUAUCAAAAAAAACCAAACUGCUUUUAUUGCUACAUAAUGUUCCUUUUUUAUGUUGUUUUUAAUUUUUUUUUUUUUACUGUUUUCCUUAUGGGAACUGUCGGCUCCCGGAGCUCUAAUUUAUAUCGGAAGUUGGUUCUGUCGCUAUAUUAUAAUCAUUUACUUUAAGUCAAAAUGAAAUUCCACUGAUUGCAGUCAACUUAUGGAACAGGGGAGUCUACACCCCCCUCGGCACAAAAUAUAAUUUCCAAGAUGAAUACUAGCCAGAAUAACGAUGCAUGCUGCAGAUGUGUAAGAAUGAGGAAUAAAUUGCCAAAUUGUGUCUUUAAA